UGACUCUCCAAUAAUCUGUCUCUAUAUCAAGCCCUCUGGAAAUUUUCAUCACCAAAUUUUUUCAGUCAGUUGAGCUGAAUUUCUGUAUUUACCUACUGGAGCAACUAGAAGUCUCAACAAACUUCAUAAUCAUAUGUUACCUCAGUUUUCAUCAGCCUCUUCUCUCCCCUUUCCUCUUUCUCUUCACAAGAAUAUAAUUAUUCAUACCAAUUUCACCAACCAUCUUUAAGCUACUAAUAAUAACUUUUCAGAAAACACUUAUAAUAUAUAUGCAAAAGUUGAAUUAAUUAAAGCAAACUACAUAUGGAAAGUUCUGCAGCAAUGCUUUGUCUUUUUUUAGCUCAUUUGCUACUGCAAAUUCUUGAAGUAAAUGCAAAAGUUCCAGCCAUCAUUGUGUUUGGAGACUCUACUGUGGAUUCAGGCAACAACAACAUGAUAUCUACAGUACUAAAGAGUAAUUUUGCUCCUUAUGGUCGGGAUUUCAAUGGUAGCAAGCCCACUGGUAGGUUUUCAAACGGUCGGCUCGCGACAGACUUCAUUUCAGAAGCCUUCGGACACAAGCCAAUAAUACCUGCAUAUUUGGACCCAACAUAUGGCAUAAAAGAUUUCGCCACUGGCGUUUGUUUUGCCUCUGCAGGAACUGGUUAUGAUAAUGCUACAUCUGAUGUGCUAUCUGUAAUACCUCUUUGGAAGGAAUUGGAGUACUAUAAAGAAUAUCAGAACAAGCUUAGAGGAUAUCUAGGACAUGAGAAGGCUAAUGAACUUCUAACGGAAGCACUCUACCUAAUAAGCAUAGGAACAAAUGACUUCCUAGAGAACUAUUAUUUACUUCCAAAAAGAUCAAAACAGUUUUCGGUCACGGAGUACCAAAAUUUUCUUGUGGGAAUCGCUAGAGAUUUUCUCACAGAGCUUUAUGAUCUAGGAGCUCGGAAGAUAUCUAUAGCUGGCCUUCCUCCAAUGGGGUGUUUGCCUUUAGAGAGAACCACCAAUAUACUUCAUGGAAGUGAUUGCAUUGAAGAAUACAAUAAUGUGGCUAAGGAUUUCAAUGAGAGGCUAAAUGGGAUGGUCACUGAGCUGAAGAGGAAGCUUCAUGGGAUCAAACUUGUGCUUCCGAACCUCUAUGACAUUGGCUCAAAAAUAAUUCAGAAUCCAGGUUCUUUUGGGUUUGAAAAUGCAGCAAAAGCAUGCUGUGGAACUGGAUUUUUUGAGAUGGGUUACAUGUGCAAUGGAAGAAACCCUUUUACAUGCUCAGAUGCAAAUAAAUAUGUAUUUUGGGAUGCCUUCCACCCUACAGAAAGAGCGAACAUGAUUGCUGCUGAUUAUGUAGUAAAAAAUUAUUUAGCUCAGUUUCUGUAACAAUGACAAAAUAUAAUGUUCUUAGCAUAAAAAUUCUAGUUCCAAUCCUUUUUAUCUGUCUUUAUCUUUGAAUUGGUUAUACUAAUGUCUUUAUUGUAAACUAAUAACCAAUGAAGUAAUGCAGCAAACAAAA